GGCGGACGAGCGGCGGACGCGUGAACGAGACGCGGGACGGAGGGUUCGAGCUGGCGUGCUGUUUCCGCGGCGCGAGGGAGGGACGCGCUGUCCUCGCGCUUCCCGGUGACGCUCACGGGAGCAGACGAUCGGGCUCGCGGACGCAGCAACAACUACGCGGCGCCACGCGCACACGCAUCACGGUGUCAAGAUGAUUGCCCCCGUUGUAUUUUGUUGUUGUUUUGUUUCUUGAGCUCUUUUUUAAACAUUUUUAACACGUUAGUCUUUUCGUGGAGGCGAACGCGCGCGUGAAGGUGGCUCGCGUUUUUGUUGUCUUUUUCUUCUUUCGGGACAGUCUCGCGCAGCAAACAGAAUAACUUGGCUCGCCCGACGUGCUUUGGUCCGCUCGGGCCUCCCCGGUCGCACCCGGUCUCCGGUUGCCCUCUGUGCAAAAUAUCAAGGAUGCUCCGAGAGGGAGCGCGGACCACCGGGACGGCCGCGUGACCCGCACCCCGCGGGACGCGCAGGACACGGUGCACUCGCGGGGCGGAGAGCAUCGGCACCAGCCGGAAUGGGACUGAUUGACACCCGUGUGUUUACCUGGGCUUUUUCGACGUGACACUGCGUGUGUGUGUGUGUGUGUGCGCGCGCCUCUCUGGUCUCCCGAGUGAUCCACGACGCUGCAGCUGCUGCUGUGCGGUUCGGGUGUGAGCCGGUGGAUGCCGCAGCCCUGCCGGGUUGGAACGCAUCUUAAAAGCGAGGCUGCGUGGAGGGGGGGGGGGUGAUAUCGAGGGGAACCCCCCGCCGCGACUCGUCCCGCCAUGGAUGACUCUGGGAUAAUCCGGCGCCGCAGGCUGCAGAAGGAUUUGCCUCUGCCUCGCAAGAACAGCAGUUGCCGUACGAGCAACAGGAAAAGUCUGAUCCUGACCACCACCUCUCCCACGCUGCCUCGCCCACACUCUCCUCUUCCCCUCCCCGGGCACCUCGGAAGCAGCCCCGUGGACAGCCCGCGAAACUUCUCUCCCAGCAACCCGGCUCACUUCUCGUUCGCCUCCUCCAGAAGAGACGGACGCCGAUGGUCGUUAGCGUCUUUGCCUUCCUCUGGAUAUGGAACCAACACCCCGAGUUCGACGUCCUCCAGCUCCUCUCAGGAGCGGCUGCACCAGCUGCCCUUCCAGCCCACCAUGGACGAGCUCCACUUCUUAUCCAAGCACUUUGGCAGCGGCGAGAGCAUCACGGAUGAUGAUGGGGGCCACUGCUCCCCCCACAUGCGCCCGCGCUCCCGCAGUCUCAGCCCAGGACGCUCCUCCUCCUGUUAUGAUAAUGAGAUAGUCAUGAUGAACCAUGUGUACAAAGAGCGCUUUCCAAAGGCCACAGCACAGAUGGAGGGGAGGCUGGCCGAGUUCCUCCAGGCUUUCUCUCCAGAAAACGUUCUUCCACUGGCCGACGGCGUCCUCAGCUUCAUUCACCACCAGAUAGCUGAGCUGUCCAGAGACUGCCUGGAAAAAUCCCGCGAGGGCCUCAUCACCUCCGUCUACUUCUUCGAGCUGCAGGAGAACCUGGAGAAGCUCCUUCAGGACGCCUUCGAGCGCUCGGAGAGCACCGAGGUGGCCUUCGUCACGGAGCUGGCCAAGAAGCUCCUCAUCGCCAUCUCCCGGCCGGCGAGGCUUCUGGAGUGCCUGGAGUUCAACCCCGAGGAGUUUUACCAUCUGCUGGAGGCGGCAGAGGACCACGCCAAGGAGGGUCACCUGAUGAAGACGGACAUUCCUCGUUACAUCAUCAGCCAGCUGGGACUGACCAGGGACCCAAUUGACGAGAUGGUCCACCUGGAUACCUACAACAGCGAGGGACCGCUCACACCCGAGACGGACGACUCGACGGAGGGUAAGAUCAGAGCCAUGAAGCCACCGGAAGAAGCCGACUUCCAGACCAUCAAGCUGAUCAGCAACGGAGCGUACGGUGCCGUGUACCUGGUCCGGCAUCUGGAGACCCGCCAGCGGUUCGCCAUGAAGAAGAUCAACAAGCAAAACCUGAUCCUGAGGAACCAGAUCCAGCAGGCCUUCGUGGAGAGAGACAUCCUCACCUUCGCGGAGAACCCCUUCGUGGUCUCCAUGUUCUGUUCCUUCGAAACCCGCCGGCACCUCUGCAUGGUCAUGGAGUACGUCGAGGGCGGAGACUGCGCCACUCUGCUGAAGAACAUCGGGGCCCUGCCCGUGGAGAUGGCGCGCAUGUACUUCGCGGAGACCGUCCUGGCGCUGGAGUACCUGCACAACUACGGCAUCGUGCACCGCGACCUCAAGCCCGACAACCUCCUCAUCACCUCCAUGGGACACGUCAAGCUCACGGACUUCGGCCUUUCUAAGAUGGGUCUGAUGAGUCUGACCACCAACCUGUACGAGGGACACAUCGAGAAGGACACUCGGGAGUUCCUGGACAAACAGGUGUGCGGGACCCCGGAGUACAUCGCCCCCGAGGUCAUUCUGCGCCAAGGUUACGGGAAGCCGGUGGACUGGUGGGCGAUGGGCAUCAUCCUGUAUGAGUUCCUGGUGGGCUGCGUGCCCUUCUUCGGAGACACGCCGGAGGAGCUGUUCGGGCAGGUCAUUACAGACGACAUCGUGUGGCCAGAAGGAGACGAGGCUCUCCCUCUGGACGCCCAGCACCUGAUCUCCUCCCUGCUGCAGACCAAUCCUCUGGCUCGCCUGGGCACAGGUGGUGCUUUUGAAGUGAGGCAGCACUCCUUCUUCGGGGAGGUGAACUGGAACAGCCUGCUGAGGCAGAAGGCCGAGUUCAUCCCUCACCUCGAGUCGGAGGAAGACACCAGCUACUUUGACACCCGAUCCGAUCGCUACCACCACGUUCAGUCUUACGACGAGGACGACACCAACGACGACGAGCCCGUGGAGAUCCAUCGCUUCUCGUCCUGCUCCCCUCGAUUCAGCAAGGUGUACAGCAGUAUGGAGCAGCUGUCCCAGCUGGAGCACAAAGCGCCUGGCGUGACGCUCCGGGAGCACAAGCUGCCCAGAGAGGACCGGGUGGCCAAGAGGGAGAGUCUGGGCAGCCUCACCCUCCGAGACAAGAGCUGGAGGGCCGGCUCGCCUGAGAUGAAGCGCCUAUCCUGCUCCGAGUCGUCCUUCACGGAGAGCGACUACAGCCCGCCGUCGGGGGCCCGGAGACGCUUCUCCGCCCUCAUGGACACGCACCGCCUGGCCUCCGCCCUGGAGGUGGACUCCGAGCUGCCCGCCCCCAGCAGGCAGCCUCCGGUGACCACCAGGGGGAUGUCUCUGGAAGGAUCCCCGGGCGCCGUGGCCCCCCCGUCUCAGGGCGACCCGAGGACGCUCCUUAAGGACGGCAACGCGCUCACGGCUGGAGAGAAGGUGUUGAGACCGGCCGAUGCGCAGGCGCCUCCAUUGGGGAGCGCCGCUGUCCUGGGGCUCCCGGACCCACAGGGGCCCCACGGGGCCGCCACCGACCUGGUGCUGCGGCGGGUCCGCCACCAGCAGCUCUCGGCCGAAGGAGAGAAGCGUAACGCGCGACCCGGGACCAAAGUCAUCAAAUCAGCGUCGGCGACGGCGUUGUCCAUCGUCAUUCCUGCAGUGGAGCAACAUGUCGCCUCCCCGCUGGCGAGCCCCAUGUCUCCUCGCUCGCUCUCGUCCAACCCGUCCUCCCGGGACUCCUCCCCCAGCAGGGACUACUCCCCCGUGGUCAACAUCCUGCACUCUCCCAUCACCAUCCACCGCUCGGGGAAGAAGUACGGCUUCACGCUGCGAGCCAUCCGAGUCUACAUGGGAGACAGCGACAUGUACAGCCUGCACCACAUGGUCUGGCAUGUGGAGGACGGGGGUCCCGCCCAGGAAGGCGGUCUCAGCGCCGGUGACCUCAUCACUCACGUAAACGGGGAAUCGGUGCACGGGCUGGUCCACACAGAGGUGGUGGAGCUCAUCCUGAAGAGUGGAAGCAAGGUGACAGUGACGACUACUCCAUUUGAAAACACCUCGAUAAAAGUGGGUCCUGCCCGUAAAUCCAGCUAUAAAUCCAAGAUGGUUCGACGCAGCAAGAGGACAGGAGCCAAGGAGGCACCCGAGAAGAAGAGAAGCUCCCUCUUCAGGAAAAUCACCAAGCAGUCCAACCUGCUGCACACCAGCAGGAGCCUCUCCUCUUUGAACCGCUCCCUGUCAUCUGGAGACAGCCUGCCGGGCUCCCCCACCCACAGCCUCUCCGCCCGCUCGCCCACGCAGAGUUACCGCUCCACCCUCACCGAGUCCCCUUCCAUGGGCACCUCCUCCCAGAGCAGCUCCCCGGCCUCCAGCACCCCCAACUCCCCCGCGGCCUCCCACCACAUGAGGCCCAGCUCCCUCCACGGCCUGUCUCCCAAACUCCAUCGGCAGUACCGCUCGGCCCGCUGCAAGUCUGCCGGCAACAUCCCGCUCUCCCCCCUGGCUCACACCCCCUCCCCGACCACCUCCUCUCCCCCCCCCCUCUCCGGCCACACGGCGGGGAGCUCCAACACCACGCAGACGUUCCCCGCCAAGCUGCACUCCUCGCCGCCCGUCGCCCGACCCCGGCCCAAAAGCGCCGAGCCGCCCCGGUCCCCGUUACUGCAACGGGUGCAGUCGGCGGAAAUGCUGGGGGCCCCGAUUCUGCCGUCGUCGUCCUCCUCGUCGGCGUCGCCGUCCCCUCUGACCGGCGGCGUGUCGCUGCGCAAGCACAGCCUGGAGGUGUCGCACGGCGACUACCGGAGGGACUCGUUCCACUGCGAGCACAGCCUGCAGAGCCUGCUGGAGAUGGAGGGGGAGAACGGGCCCGCCCCCCCGUCUCCUUCCUCCUCCUCCUCGCCCUCGCCUCCCAUGGGAGGGGAGAUCGGAGGCUUCAAGUCUGCGAGGAGGCUGGGCCGGCAGGAGUCGCCGCUCAGCCGCGACACCCUGCUCCCGCCGAGAGAGAAAGCGACGCAGACCGCCGCCGCGGCGACAAAAGCCGAGGCCGAGACCAGCGGUGUUGACGCGAGGAAAACCUCGGCUGAGGUUCUGAAGAAUAACUCGGCUGCGGCUGCGGCUGCGGCUGCUUUGAAGGCGAGUACAGCGCUGGUUUCUUCCCCCGCGGAGGCCAAGCCGAGCCCAGGGGACCGAGCUCAAAAGGCAGGAAGUGGUCAGGCGACUGCCGCCAAGAGUCCAGUUGGCGAGAAGACUCCGGCGCCAUGGAGGGGCCUUCAGCAGAGUGACGCCGGGCCUGCCACCAGAAGUCAGGAGAACACGGAGGAGAAAGGGGCCGUGCAGAAGGUUUCGUCCUCAGAGCAGUCCAAGCCGCCGCGUAAAGGCGCAGAGGCGGCGGAGAAGGGAGGCGGCGAGGAAACGCCCGAGGCGACGAAGGUCAAGGGACCCGCCCCCCCGAUUCCCACCCAGGUUCAAACCCACGCCAGAUCCAAAACCGAGAAGGUGCCGAACGGGGCCAAGGAGGCGCGAGCGGCGCACCUGGAGGUCCUGGAGGAGAACCCGGCUUCGCCCCGUUCUGGCGCGGCUCCGACGCCGCCGGCGCCGCCCUGCGUGGGCCGGUGCCGCCCCACAUCGCCGGCGGACAAAGCCGGCUUCGUCACGCAGCUCACGAGCGCGGCCAAGACGGCGCUCGGGCCCAUGAAGGCGGGGUCGCAAGAGGGCGCCAGGGCGAGCGGCGCCUCCAAGCCGGGCGACGAGAAGCGCGGCGGCGCGGCGGGGAAAGCCGAGUCCUCGUCCGGGCGCCGCGGCUCCGGCGCUCAGGCGGCGGCCGCGGCGCCGGCGCCCGAUAAAGGAAACGCCCGCGGCUCCAAGCAUCACUCGUGAUCGGAGCGCAGCGCCUUCUCCCGAAUGAGCAGAACCUUCUGAGCGGGCGGGAGACGGGAACACGCCGACGAAGAAACUCCACGUCGAUGACGAGCGACGCGUAGAACGCGAGAUGUAGAACAAAGAUGCGUCGGCCACGUUGGCAAAAUGGGCGUCGCACGUGGUAUCGUAACGUAGGCCUGUGUAUGUGCUGUGUGUUCAAUGUUCUGUAAAUAAAGGGGGCGGGGCUAUGUCUUAAUGCAUGCACACGGAAAAAUGUAAGAUAUUUAAAAAAGGAGAGACAAAAAAUAAUAUAUAUGUAGACGACCUGAAGGUGGUGAACACUGUGAACAACCAGCUGGUCGCUGUGUGUGAAGAAAUGGGCGUGACUCUCUUGGGAUCAGCUCCAGUGACGCCCUGCAGUUAGUCGGAAGAACGCGCGCUGUAGUCCAGGGACUGAGGUCAAGGGUCAAGGUCGUGACCCCAAAACACGCGACAGGAACCCGGACCGAGAGACGUCAAAGCACUUCACGUGUUUAAGGGCUGAAUUUAAGACUGGAAAGAGGGAGACGGAGAGAUGAACUCGCACAGGGACACUAUGCAAUGCCACUUUCUUUUGUAUUUUAUUUAUUAUUAAUUAUUUAUUUAUGUUGUACCCCCCCCCCCCCUCUCCACUCCCAAUUGCCAAGUUUACAUUGUGCUCCAGACGAGGAUAGUCGGGGGGGGAAAAGUAAGGGAUGCAGUAAGCCAAGCAAACACGCAGUAAGCCAAGCAAACACAUCAUAAAAACAUGCACCGCAGCCUCACCCCGGUUCGUAUGGAUGUGAAUGAAUGCUGGUGGUGGGGGAGGGGCCGUAGGCGCUGAUUGGCUGCCACGCUUCCGUCAGUCUGCCCCAGGGCAGCUGUGGCUACUGAUGUAGCUUACCACCACCGGGAUGACUGUGUGUGUGUAUGACUACUGGACUCUGAACUGUAAAGCAACUUCGAGUGUCUUGAGAAGCGCUAUAUAAAAUAAAUGAUUAUUAUUAUUAUUUUGUUGUUGAUGUCAUUGUUGUUGUUUUAAACGUUGUCUCCAAUGAUCGUAGUGGAAAAAAUGUUGCAAUUGUAUAUUUUAGGCUGUCAAGUGAACACUAGUGUGUCAGGUGAGGAGGCAGAGAGGUCACAGCAUAGAGUAGAUGCUCACUCACGCGUUUCUAUUUAUGCACCGUGUGUGUGUGUGUGUGUGUGUGUGUGUGUGUAACGUCACGUGUGAGGGAGAGUGCCAGUCUUUUUGUUUCGGGGAUGAUGAUGUGGGUUUUUGUUGUUAAAUGUAUAAUAAUAUGCAAUCCAACAGUGCCCAGUGUGACGCAUCGAGCCCCCUGCGCAGCGGUACUGACCACACCCUGGACAGGAGGGGGCGUGGUUUGCUCUCGGGUGUUCAGACCCUGGUAGUUUUGCGAGACCCGGCUGAGACCGCCACCUUGUGGAUGACGUCACACCUACACCGAAAGUACCCGAGGUGCAUCACUCUUUUGCUAAAGGAUCACGUCGAGAUCAAGAACGACGACGCGGUCAUCGGACAUUUGGAACUGUGUGUGUGGUGUGUGAUGUGAGAAAAUUGCACUUUAUUUUGCGUGGAAUUUAGUUUGUAUUAUUAUUAUUUUCUGGUCUUGUAUAUUUAUUUGAGUAUUUUUCUAUUUGUUCUAUUUAUAAAAGUUUUUAUCUUUUUUUUUACACCGGUUUGUGAAUUUCUGCUUCACUACUAACAUUAGAUAUUUAUACAUUUUACAUUUAGAAAUCUACCAAAAUAUGUGUGACUACCCUCGACGCUCAUAUUUCUGUCAAGUCCAUCUUUGUCCCCGUGUUUGAUUCAUUUUUUUUCAUUUUUUCUUUUUCUUAGAGCAACACUGAUCUCUGACUGUUGUCCAUUAUAUUGCUAAAUAUUUACUAGCCACCGUUGUGAAAAAAAACAAUGCAAAAAGCCUUUAGUGCAGAAAUGUAAUAAAAAGCAGAGAAACCCCU